UCUCCUCCAAUCAGCUCCGAGCUGUCGGUUUGACGUCUAAUGGCCGUUGUUUUGAUUUCGUCCUUACUGUUUGACAGUGAUUGCUGCUGAAGCAGAUCUAUGACCUGUUUCUGACGAGAUGAUCGCCUUUCUCACCAAGUCACAAUCCAGAUGGAUAAGUUUAACCUUCAGGCAACCGCCGACAGGAGCCACGGUAGCCCCCAAGGCCAACCUGUCCACAGCCCCUCCAGAACCUGUCAUCCCUUCUAAGAAGCCCAUAAAAGUAGAGCUUAUUGGAGGAAAACAUUAUUCGUGGUGCAGCUGUGGCUACAGCAGAAAACAGAUGUAUCUCUCUGUUUUUAAGCCAUUCUGCGAUGGAGCCCACAAAACCAGAGCACAGGGAAUGACUCCGCUCCGCUUUGUACCAGAGAAAGACUCCACGGUCUGGCUAUGUGGAUGCAAGCACACCAACAACCCACCUUACUGCGACGGCACACACAAGCAGGACUUCAUUGUGUCUGCUCCGGUGCAUGAAUACACAGACUGAUGGAGGGCUCUGAGGAGAGAGACGUCUUCAAACUGAGUCAGUGGGAGAGACAUGCAGAGAACACAGCCCUCAGGGGCAAUCAUUUUACACUGUCUUGAUUUUUACACUCAGGAGGAUAUCAAUUUAGCCCAAAUAUUCAAAUCUGUGGGACACGAUGGCAGUAAACUAGCUGAAAAGUGCGACUUCUAAACAGCCGUAAGAAAAACUCCAAGGUUUCCCCUCUUAACUUUUAAGACGAGUGUGGGAUUUUACACCCCCAAUUUAGAAAAAAAGAGUAUGACAUCAAAAAAGCAAAUCAAAUAAAAAAUAUUUCAUGGUUCUUA